AUGGCUGUGAAGGGCAAAGUGCCAAUGUUGUACCUCCGGUCACUGCCGAAGGAUGACCUCUCAACUAGUCCUCAGCUCCUUACUUCCAUGAGCCCUUAUGAUGUGGACCUUCCAAUUGAAACAACCGAAGAUGUGUUGUUUGGUUCUCAAUUUAAUCAGCCCAAAGAGCUUCCUACCGACUUCUCCUCUGUGGAUCUCAGCUUUCUUCCAGAUAUUACCCAAGAUAACAAAGAACAAUAUCUAUUUGAAGAUGGUCAUGAAAUGCAAAAAGAGCUUGAUGGGUCAAUAUCAAGACAUGAGGACAGCGGUGCCUUUGUGGAUGGAAGCAGCUUGUCCUACCCAGAUGCGACUCAACCAUCUCCUGAAGCAUCUGGUGCGUGUCUUCCUCUGACACCAAUGACUCCUAUGACCCCCAUGACACCUGCAUCAGAAAGCUCUGGCAUAGUUCCUCAGUUACAGAAUAUAGUGUCGACUGUAAACUUGGCCUGUAAACUAGAUCUGAAGAACAUAGCUCUGCACGCCAGAAAUGCGGAGUAUAACCCAAAGAGGUUUGCUGCUGUGAUCAUGAGAAUCAGGGAACCGCGAACAACAGCCCUCAUCUUCAGUUCAGGAAAAAUGGUCUGCACUGGAGCAAAAAGCGAAGAGCAAUCACGGCUCGCAGCCAGGAAGUACGCACGCGUGGUGCAGAAGCUUGGGUUCCCUGCCAAGUUCCUGGACUUCAAGAUACAGAACAUGGUUGGGAGCUGUGAUGUGAGGUUCCCCAUCCGGCUGGAAGGCUUGGUGCUCACUCACCAGCAGUUCAGGAAGGCAGACUACGAACCCGAACUAUUUCCUGGCCUUAUUUAUAGGAUGGUCAAACCAAGGAUAGUGCUGCUUAUCUUUGUGUCUGGAAAAGUUGUACUGACCGGAGCAAAAGAGCGUUCUGAAAUCUAUGAGGCAUUUGAGAACAUCUACCCCAUUCUAAAAGGUUUCAAGAAAGCAGCAUAA